AAAAGAGAGAGAGAUCCCCAUUCCCCACCCAAUUUGACAGGUUGAUGAGUUGUUCACAUUCCUCACAUCUGACUGCCUCUCUGUUUUGGACAGAUUCACCAUCUCUCUUCCCUUUUCCGGCAGCUUUUCUCUCUUCUCCGGCCAAAAACCACCAGCCACCGGUCUUUGAACAUUUAACUACUAAUCAUCUACGAAUAACACUAACGGAACUCUGAGUUAUUUCAAAAUGUUACCGAGAUCUCCGGCGAAGAAGGCCUAAACCAAUUUCAAAAGUUUUCAGUGUCGAUUGUCUGAAGCAAGCGAAGGAUACGAAUGAGAGUUUAAUUUCGUUGAUUCGGUGUACAGGUGGUGUCUCUUACUCUCUUUAAUGUUUGCAUCACAGCUCUUGCGAAUUCUCCAAACUUUUCCAACUAAUGUUAAUAAUGAAAUCUGUAAUUUUGACACAGAUGAAGUGAAGGAGAAGAACACCAUGAAAGAGAGCCCAAAAAGGUACACAAAUCCAUUUUUAUCAGAUGAAGAGAAUGAAAAAGUCAACAACAACAAUCAUCAAGAAGUUUACACUGAUAAAAAUGUGAUGGAAUUGGAAUUGGAAUGUGAACUUCCUGAAUUGUUAGUAUGUUACAAUGAUGGUGGUUUUCAUGUGAAGGACAUUUGUGUUGAUGAUGGAAUCCCUCAUGAUAAACAUGAUGACAUCAUCAAUCAAAGUCUGAUAUUUUCACCCAUGGAAGAUUAUUACAUGGAGGAAUCAAAUCAUGUUGUGGAUAUUGGAGAUAAUCUUGAUAUUUCAGUUGAAGAUUUACAGAAUUCAACACCAGAUAAAGAUUGUGAGGAUGAUGAUGAUGAUGAUGAUGAUGAUGCAAAAGAGUGUGGGACCAAAGAAGAAGAAGAUAUUGAGUCCAUAGAUCCGAAUGAGAUAAAGAAUAUCUCUAAAGAUGAUAAUCAUGUAAUUUCCGAAUGUGCCCCUGAAGAGUUAAAAUGUGCAGAAUCUGAUACUGUUCCAAAAGGCAUUGACAAUUAUGUCCCUGAAAACCAACAGAUGGAUUUGAAUUCUGUUUUUUUGGAUGAUAAAGAUAAAGAUAAAGAUAAAGAUAAAGAUGAAGAUCGACCACUUCCAUCACUUAAAUCCCUUCUUGAAUCCAUCAAUGGUGUUGAUGAUAAAGAUCAACACCCAUCUCAGAGUUGUGUAGAAGGAAAUGAAGGUGAAGAAGAAGUAAGCACAAGUAUAGAAGGAAACAACACUUUGAAUCUAACCAAUGGCAAAACCGUAAUUUCCAAUGGUCUCCAUGAUGUUCAUGAACGUGGUGAAGGAGAGUCAAGUUUCUCUGUUGCGGGUCCCGUUUCAGGGCGCAUAAAUUAUUCCGGGCAGAUUGCGUUUUCGGGCAGCAUCUCUCUCCGGUCAGACAGCAGCACAACCAGCACCAGAUCCUUUGCCUUUCCCAUACUGCAGACAGAGUGGAACAGCAGCCCGGUCAGGAUGGCGAAAGCUGACCGGAGAAGAUUACAGAAGCAUCGUGGAUGGAGGAAUGGGCUUUUGUGUUGUAGAUUUUGAAUUAAUUUUGAUGUGGCUUUUUUAUUUAUAGGAUGUGAGUUUUUAUAUAUACAUACAAAUCAAAAAGAAUUUACAGAUAAAUGUUAAAACGGGAAGUGUUUUUUUUAGGGAGGGUUUGAUGUGGAGUUAGUGGUUGAGGUUGAAAAAUGGUAUGUGUGUUGUGUGUUGUUUUUACUUCAUUUAGUGUGUUGUUUUUUAUUAGAGUAGAAGAAGCAUAUUCAAAUUGGUUGAUUCUUGAA